AUGACGCCCGAGAAGGUGCUGAGGGAGGGGGUGCUGGAGAAGCGGAGCGGGGGGCUGCUGCAGCUCUGGAAGAAGAAGCGGUGCCUGCUGACGGAGAAGGGGCUGCAGCUCUUCGAGCCCAAGGGCUCGCGGCGCAAGGAGCUGAGCUUCGCCCGUAUGAAGGCCGUGGAAUGCGUGGAGUGGAAGGAGAGGCAUAUUUACUUCACGGUGGUGAUGGACGACAGCCUCGAGAUCGAUUUCCGCUGCGCGCAGGAGGACCCGGGCUGGAAUGCCGAGAUCACCAUGGGGCUGGUGCGCUUCAAGAACCAGCAGGCGAUGCAGGAGGUGCGCGCCCGGCACAGCUGCCGAGCAGUGGUGCAGCUGGACACAGCCCCGGUGGGACAGCCCGGGGAAUCACAGCUUCCCAGGAGUCGGAUGGAGAUGGCCCUUGGCUCGGCAGGUGCUGGAGACAACGGGAUCCCUGCGGGCAAGUGAGGUCACCGCUGUGCAGCCAGGGGACAAGGAGAGUGGCCCCAGGGACGCUGGUGCUGGCACUGGCUCCCCCUGUGCUGGGGCAGGACAGAAGCACCGCAAGAGCUGGGCUGGCACAGCCACCUCUCCUUGGCACAGCAGGGCAAAGGACACAGGCAGGGCCACCACCUGGUGCUUCAGACAAGGCAGGAGGUGACAUCCCUGCCUGGGGCUGUGCACCCUUCAUUCAGCUGGCAUGUGCAGACCUAGGUGCACUAGUGGGGACCCCAGGCCUCUCCUGCAGGACAGGGGAUGGAUGAGGCUGUCCCGGAAGGAUCCAUGCCACAGGGAGCUCUGCCUGUGUGACACUGACACUGGGACAGAUAUAUGUGGCUGAAUUUAAAAAGGGGCUGCUGGAGAGCUGCUGCUGCUGCAGCUGCAGCAGGGACCUCUCAGCAGGGCACUGAACCGACGGUGUGAUGACACAGCAGUGUUGCUGGACAUUGUCUCACCCUGGGAUGUCCUUGGGCUGUUGGGGGAUGCUGGGGACCCCAAUUCCCUGUACCAAAAGUGUCUCUAAACAGGACUUUCAGCUUCUUA